AUGUCAAAAGUAUACACCACAGAUCAUUCUACCUCGGUUAUCCAAACGCACGGGUGGCGUACGCUUUCCAACUCCGCAGCCUAUGUGCUUCCCUACAUCCAACCCGACCUGCGAAUCCUCGACGUCGGCUGUGGCCCAGGAAGCAUCACAAUUGAUUUCGCCAAGCACGUACCCCGCGGGCACGUUAACGGUAUUGAAUAUGUCCCCGAACCGCUCGAUGGGGCCCGAAAACUCGCUGCUUCAGAAAACAUCACCAAUGUCAGCUUCCAAGUUGGCGAUAUCCAUGCUAUCCCAUUCCCGGAUGAUACCUUCGACAUUGUCCACGCACAUCAAGUUCUACAGCACAUAGCCGACCCCGUUAGAGCUCUCCAGGAAAUGCGUCGUGUGGUCAAGCAAGGUGGAAUUGUCGCGGCACGCGAGUCUGCGUCGCAAACCUGGUACCCCGAAUCAGAGGGUAUUUCUGCGUGGCAAGAGCUCGGGGAGAAAAUGGGACGUGCGAAAGGAGGGAAUCCUUAUCCCGGAAGAUAUAUACAUGUUUGGGCGCAUGAAGCAGGAUUUCCACGGGAAAACAUCAAAAAAACUGCAGGUUCGUGGUGCUUUAGCAGCCAGGAAGAACGUGAAUAUUGGGGCGGUUCCAUGGGAGAACGAACAAGAUCGUCUGGAUUUGCGACGACUGCUAUCAAGGAAGGGUACUCGAGUCAGGAAGACCUCGACAAGAUCGCUAAAGGGUGGAAAGUCUUUGUGGAAGAUGACGACGCAUGGUUCGGAUUGUUGCAUGGGGAAAUCGUUUGUCGCAAAUAA